AUGCCUAUCGCUGACCUGGUUGGUGUUCAGUUUGACAUGCAGCUCCUGGUGAGGCUGAGUCUUUCCGUUGCUGUGGUGCUACUGGGCUCCUGGGCGUACAAGUUUUACAGCUCAAGAAAUGACAAAAAAAGGCUUUUAUGCUGCAACAAAAAUGGAACUUGUCGAAAAUGCAAUGCGACGCUGGGAUUGCCGGAUGAUGUGGACGGUGAGCUAAAAGGGGAUGAGCAGGAUGGCGUUCUAGAGAAGAGCAAAGACCCCAAGGAUAAUGUAAAAGGUGAGAAUGUAUUUAACCCAGCACACAGCGACAACAGCGUCAAAGAUGAUACACUCAAUCUUCACAGUCAGCCAGCGCUCUCUACCAGUAAUAUUUCAUUUGGAACGUCUUUGAAGCUUCCACAUCCAGCCGAGUGUGGGAUGGCCAAUGCAACAGGGCGCCUCUCCCCGUGUUUUCUACAGCGGCUCGAGGGGAGUGUGGGUGUGGGCAGGGAGCUCCGGCAAGACUCAGAACGCCAGGGGGGCCACUGCAGCUUCCUCUCCAAGGCCGAGAUCAAAGUGGAGGACGCAAGCUUGCUGACGGAGGGAACGGGAGAUCAGGUCGUGCGCGGGAAGAUAUACGAUUACUACGUGGAGUCGUCCUCGCAUUCGGUUACAGAAUCGAGAGAGAGUAAACUGGAGGUUGCGAGCGGUAGAAGCAGUGUUGGUGAAUCUGUCUCCUUCAUGAACACCAUCGUUAUGCGCGAUCUGGUUUCAGCGCAAAGCUAUGAUCAAGAUUUCUGCGCCCCGCUGGGAAAACUCAAGCCGAGGAACCCCGCCAGGCCCGCAUUGCAACGCAACCAGAGUUAUCAGUCUGCCGCCGAGCAGUCUGAGCUUGUCUUUCCCCCUCCAACUUCAAAAGACGCAACUCCAGACUGCGUAGAAAGUGUUGACGGAAUGCAACCAUCCAGCGCAAUAUACUACUACGACGACUACAAAGAUAUUUGGCAAAAACUAUGUCAGAUCCCACCUGAGGUAGUCUCCAAAGCUUGCGCCCUGUGUACUCUCGACAACUACCUUUAUUUAGCGUUGGGCUGCCAGCGCACAGGCAGCAAAGUGACUCCAUCAAAGCGAGUGUUUUGCUUCAAUCCUUUGACAUCCAUUUGGAAGGAGAUCAGCCCUUUGAUCGAAGCUAGGCCGCGGUGCAAACUGGCAGCUCUGGACGGUUGCAUCUACGCCAUUGGGGGCGAGUGUCUAUCCUCUGUGGAGCGCUACGACCCACGCUUGGACAGAUGGGCAUUCGUGGCACCGCUUCCUAAUGACACUUUUGCGGUUGCCCAUCACGUUGCGGUAUGCGAUGGGGACAUUUUUGUUUCUGGCGGGACAUUACGGUGCCUGCUACUGCGCUACAACCCUCAGGCGAACUCUUGGAAGGCGAGUCUGAUAGGGAGUAAAGAGCGCACAGCGGAUAUGGUGGCAGUUGGGAGGUUUUUGUACCGCUUUGAUGCGAACCCUCUGCUAGGGCUCAGCGUGUAUCGGUAUCACACUGUCGCCAGGUUAUGGUACGAGUGCAGCAGUAAGCGUGUGCCCAGAUGUCCGGCUUUUCAGUGUGUUGCGAUGUAUGGGAGUAUUUUCUGUGUGAAUCGCCAGUUCACCAUGCGCUUUGAUGCCGAUGAGGUGUCUCCCGCGUUUGCAGAUGAGGAUUUGAGUGUACUCUCGGCAGCUAAGGGCAUGCUAUUCCCAUUUGUCCUCUCACUGCCUGAUAAGAAGCCUCGCCAGACCAGUGUGUAA